ACGAAACGGAAGUAGUUAGACUGCUCUAGGACAUUUCAUUUCCGGUUGAAAUACAAACUUUGCAGCGCCGUUGGAGAUAACGGGCAGCCGACAUGACUCCGACGAAACAGGAGGGCAUGUCUACUCUCAUCGACAGGACGAUGAGGAUGAGGAGGGAGGAGCAGGCGCGCCAGGUGGUCCUCGCCUGGGCAGUCCUCAAUGUGUCGCUAGCUGGCAUGAUCUACACUGAGAUGUCAGGGAAACUGCUGAGCCUGUACUUCAACAUCUCUUACUGGCCUAUCUGGUACAUAGAGCUGGCCUUCGCCUCAGUCUUCAGCCUCAACGCCCUGUUUGACUUCUGGAAGUACUUCAAGUACACCAUGGCCCCCUCUACCAUCGCUGUUACCCCUGAACAGCACCGCCUUCUUGGCUUCAGAAACUCAGGUAUCCAGGCGUCACCCCUGCUGAAGCAAGAGAAGCAGGAGGCUCAAGCCCUGGCUCAGUCGUCGCCCCUCCAGGGUCAGAGUGUGCUCAGCUUCAGUCCCUCCAGACCUGCCAGCACCAGCCCCAAGUUCUCCCCCAGCUGUGUUCCUGGAUACAGCCCCCUUUUGAGCAGCCCGUCCUCCCCGGGCAGCGGGGGACACUUCUCAUCCUCCCUGGCAUUUGGAAAGUUUAACUACAGCCCGCCCUCAUCCUACCCCAGCAGCAUUGGCCCAGUGGAUGGCACCAGCCUGAGGGCACGCUACCGCACCUCUCCCUCCGUGUUCAACUCCCCCGGGGGCAAGGAGGACUACAUGGAGUCCCUGAAUACCCUGGACAGGUUCCUCCGCACCGAGGAGGAGAAGAGCCACCGCAGUCAGUUAGGGAGCCCAGAGUCGGUGUCGCCCUCCCACAGCCCCACGUUCUGGAACUAUAGCCGCUCGGUGGGGGAUUACGCCCAGAGCCUGAGGAAAUUCCAGUACCAGCCGGCCUGCCGCUCCCAGGCCCCCUCAGCCAGCAAGGACGAGACUGACCUGGGCUCCAAACAGGCUGCCGAGGAGGUUUGGGCCAGAAUCACAACCAGUCGUCUCGUGGUGGACAGCAUAGACAGCUGGACGGCCAAGCUCAGAAAUUGGAUAAAUGACACCAUUCUAGUGCCACUGGUGAAGGAGAUUGACUCAGUGAAUGGCCUGCUAAGGAGAAUGGGUUGCUCUGAGCUCCAGAUUGGAGAAGCCAGUAUAGCCAGCCUAAAACAGGCUGCUGUUUUGAAGGCCUCGGUCAUCCCUACCAUGACUGCUAUUGUGCAGUACCUGGACAUCACCCCUAAUCAAGAGUAUCUAGUGGAGAGGAUCAAAGAGCUGGCCCAUAGUGGCUGCAUGAGUUCUUUCCGCUGGAACAGGGGCGGGGAUCUCAAAGCCAGGAAGUGGGACACAGACCUCCCUUCAGACUGUGCUAUCCUCACGCAUGUGCUGUGCACAUACCUGGACUCCCGACUCCCGCCUCACCCCAAGUACCCCGACGGAAAGACCUUCACCUCGCAGCACUUCACCCAGACGCCAGACAAACCUGACGUAACGAAUGAAAACCUCUUCUGCAUUCACCAAAGUAGCACCAAUCCCCCGCACUACCAACUUAUCUACCAGGGCCAUGUCUACAGCCUGCCCAAGGGAAGGAACAACCUUUUCCACACUGUUCUCAUGUUCCUCUUCGUCAUCAAAACCAAGGAGGCUGGGAUGCUGGGGAGAGUAAAUCUGGGCCUAUCAGGUGUGAACAUCCUGUGGAUAUUUGGGGACUGAUGCAAUCUCUCUAUUCUGGAGCAUUUCACAGCAGAGUGUCACAGAGGACUUUAGAGGUCAGAUACUUCCUCAAAAUUCUGUCAAAGGUUUGUUUGUGAAACAAUAAAUUGUAGCUUCUGAUAACAAGAAUAUUCUGUAGAUGUUACUUACCAUAACUGUCCUCAGAUCCAGGUUCAUAAGGAAGCACUUAUGAGAGUAACAUUUUGUUCUACAUUUGUUCAGUCAUUUUCCUUAGAAACAGCAGACCACAUUUUCUCAGUUUUAUUUCAUUUGAAAGAAGCUAUUGUCAUUUGUGACAUUUUUAAAUCAAAUUAUUACAAUGACCAUGACAUUUAGUUUGAUUUUUAUGGUGCAUCAAAAACAACAGUACUGUAUUUUUAACUCGAGGCAUCCACAACUGACUCAAUUUUCUAAAUAUUCUGGGAAUGUAUCAGGAUGGCUAAAUAAUAUACCACAGGUUUGUCUGGUGGAUUGCAUUGUGUUGAACCCUCCUGGCUUGAAUGUAUGUUAGUGUUUUCCUUUUUGUAUGAACUGUUUGUGAGAGCUUGAAUAUUGCAGCUAGAAUGCUUGAGUUCUUUCUUUUUGUUGAGUGACAGGGUUUGGAGCGGUAGAAAGUUACCUGCAUAAGAAUGCAUGGUUUUGUUUACUAGGGCUGCAGUUACUUGCAUUGGCAUGCAUAUUAUGUCUUCUAAUUAGACAUUUGUUCCACAGUUCAAAUGCUUGAUAAGUACAAAGCCAUGUACAUGGUAUGCCUUUUAGAAUUUCAAGAUUAUGGAAGGUUCCAACUUAAUUGCUGUUAUUUUUAUUACCAAAGUCUUUACUUGGCGAGUUCUGAUGUAUACUGGUCAAAGGGGUGCCUUUUAUGAUAGGUUGUGUGAAUGUCAUUCAUUUUGAUAAAAAAUCUAAGCUAUUUCAAAGCUGGUAAAGGGCUGCAUGGACUUGUGGGCUCAUGGGGUGACCCCAAUGCACUCCAACCCCCCCCUUCAUUCAAUCAUUUUGAAUUGUUUGUAGUGAUAUGGUUUUCAAUUGAGACACGGAAAUAAACAUAAUUGAUUGAAUUCAUCCAUCUAUGGUUGAAGCAUAUUGAUGUUUCCAUAUAUUUUUAUUAGUUCCUCUUUAGUCCGCACUCUGUAAAUCACGUCGUUGUUAUCAAUGCAGAUGGACUUAGGCGCGAGAGCUCUACAUUACGUUACCAGAACCCACCCCAUGGUGGCAGUAUUUCUUUGCUCCCAGAACCCAUUUUCUCUAGAUUGACCUAAUGAAAUAUCAAAUGUUUUGUCACGUGCGCCUAAUACAACAGGUGUAGACAUUACCGUGAAAUGUUUACUUACAAGCCCUUAACCAACAAUGCAAUUUUAAGAAAAUAGAGUUAAGAAAAUAUUUACUAAAUUAGCCAAAGUAAAAAUAAAAAAAAGUAACACAAUAAAAUAGCAAUAUGGCUAUAUACAGAUGUGCAUUGAAAGAGGGGGUUGUCAAAUGAAAGGAUGUAAGCAACCAUGUCCAAAUGAAAUAUUGUUUUUCAGAUGGCAUUGUGCCAUGUGAUGCAGAACUGAAAGGCUUCAAUUUACAUACUGUAUUCUGAUAUGAAUGCAAUACAAAUGUAUCAUUGUAAAUAAAGUUUAAAAAAUAAAGGUUAAAUAAGAAUCAG